UGAGAUGGCUAUAAUUUGUCUUCAUUCUCUUGAAUCUCUUCUUCACUUUCUGUUUCUUCAGUGAAGUGAACUCAAAGUGUGAACUUUGCAUUCACAGUUUGAGGUUAUCCAGUUAAAAUUUUUUAUUUAUAUGUAAUUUUAUCUACACUUCAAUUUACUUUAUUAAUUCUCGUGUAAUGUGGAUUUUGAAUAAGAGUGUGGUUAUAUAAAUGGAAACUUCCUAAAUUUUUCUCAACAUGUCUUCAUCCAAUGUCUCCUCAGAGCUUUCAUCUCCAAGCAGGAUUAUAAAUAACUUAUUUGUGUCAACGCCAAAAGAAUACGCAUUUAAGCUUUAUAAAUUUGACAAGUGUUUUACUAAAGGUGGAUGUACCCCUAAACCAAGAAGCGGACACAGAAUAGUUUGUGAUGAAGACAAUUUAUAUUCUUAUGGGGGUUAUAACCCAAAAAUCACAGUUCAAAAUAUGGGAAGUGACAGUGACUGGCAAAUAAGUCGUCCUCUAUUCAAGGAACUUUGGAGAUUAAAUCUUGUAACUCAUGAAUGGGAGAAAUUGAAAUGUAAGAAUAUCCCUAACGUUUUAGCAUCAAAUGCAGUAGCACUUUCCGGCAAAAUUCUUAUGGUAUUUGGUGGAACUGGAUUCCCUUUUGGAGUCGACUGCAACCGUGAUUUGUUUCUAUGUAAUCUAUCUGAUAGAAAUUGUUUAGAAUUUACACGAGUAAUCACUAAAGGAGAGCUUCCUACCUCUGGGUAUGGGCAAGCAAUAUUUGUAGACGGACAGAACUUUUAUACUGUUGGGGGAACAACGGGAUUUGAAUACUCAGCCGAUAUACAUUGUUUGAACUUGAAAACAAGGACGUGGGAUCAAGUGUACAUUUGCAAUGGAAAGCCAAACGAACCAGCUGCUAGGUAUAGACAUGAACUAGGAUUUCACAAUGCUCGUCUUUAUGUUCUUGGAGGAGGAACUGCUCAAGAAGUUUUUGGAUUUGAUGAAAUCCCAUGCUUCGAUCUUCGAAGCAGGUGUUGGGACGUGGCCAGAACAAAGCCGGACGAAGUGCACGGAUUCCCACUGGCCAGACGAUGCCACAGCUGUGUACAAGUGGCCGACCACAGUGGCCAGACGGCCAUCUUCAUCCUUGGUGGCUACGAUAGCGAGCUGGUGAUGGCUGACAUGUGGCGACUGGAGCUGAGCAGCUUGCAGUGGUGCAAACUUGCCGACCGCCUGCCACAGGGCGUCUACUUCCACUCGAGCGCCGUCACUCCUCAAGGCAAGAUCUACACUUUCGGUGGCAUCAACAUGUACAGAACGUCCACUCAGCGCUCCGCCGAUGUGCACUGUGUCUGGGUCAAAAUACCCAAGUUGAAGGAGAUCUGCUGGGAGGCAUUGCAACAUUACUGUCCCAACCUUUACCAACAUCCCAUCAGCCUUCUGCUUGACAGUGGCAUUCCUCAAGAAUUCCUGAAACGAUUGUCGUAGCACUGGUCAAUUACAAAUACUUGAGUUGAUUUUAUAAUUAAAAUAAAGACAAUAUCAACCGUGCUUGUUCCAUCUCUUAGAAUUUAUGUAAUACAGGAAGAAGCUUCCCAUACACUUUUCAAUUAAUCUACAUUGAAUGUAAGUGUCUGUUGGUAGUUUAUAAUCAUCAAGGAUAUUUUAACAAAUAUUUGUUACAUCAUCUAUGAUUUAAUUGUUUUAAUCUUAUCUUAUCUAUUUAUAAGAGUUGAAGAAAGUUCUAUGACUAUAUACAGGUCAGUGGUAGAAACUUUUGUAUUUAUCAUUGUGUGGCUAGUUUUCCUUGAAUAACCGGAUUAGAAUGCACCCUAGAGAUUAAUAGUAUUAAAAAUGUCUAGUGUAUAGUGAUAUUUCACAUGAAUUGACAUUUUAUGCCAACAUUCUAUUUAAAAUUCAGGAAGAAUAUCCACACACUAAACAUUCAUAUUGCAAAUUAUAACAUUACAUAGGCCUGGCCUACUAUCAAUAAAUUCUUAUGUGAGACGUUUUUUUAUGUACUAAAGAGCUUAUAGCCUAAUUUCCAUGGCGAUGGCAUAGCCAUUUAUAAGUCAUUACAGGUAUGUUUUCCGUUGAAACAACCAAAUUCACUUAUUUUACAUAGGUGAAUAAAUUCACUUAUAUGGUCUUGUCAUAAUUAUUUUAUGAUCAGAAAAAUUACUUUUAUUUUUGGUGAAUGCACAAUCUGUUCUAUUCGCAGCGAUUAUACUCAUAAACUAGUCUAGUUUAUAGGUACUAUUAUUAUUCACAAUUUUGUGGAUUAUCAAUUACUUGAGCGUUUAUAUGAUAUAUAUAAAUGUAAUCUAGCAUUACUAGACAGUGGCCAGUCAAAGCUCCGUUUGCUUUGUAAAUUCACUCAGAAAAGCGCUACUCUUGACAAAACCUCAAGUUUUUAAAUGAUUUGAUUUCUCAACAAUAAUGAAAUCUAUUGAAUAAAAACAAAGUUAUUUACUCUUGUUUUACUUUUUAUACAGUGUUUGACCUUGAAUUAAACUCAGUUUAUCGCGCCA